AUGUGGGAAUGCCCAGAAUGUUGUCUUGAGCAUUGCCCGGAAGUAGAAAAACGCUUGGACGAACUGUACUACAAAACAUCUGACAAACUGAAUCGCGAAUAUCAACAGACAUGGAUAGCAUGUCCGGAUUUGAAAAUAAAAGAAGUCGAAGUAUGCUGCGGUGAUAUAGGAGGGAUGACGGUAGAAAAGAAAGUAAGGCGAGGCAAGGGAGUAAGACCCAAAACUGCUUGCCCGCAGCCUAAUAAACUUAAGGGGUUAAUGGUGUGUAAAAAAGGUGAAACAAAAAGCAAAUGUCCACGAUUUAUGUUAGGUAAUUGUCCCCCUGGCCGUAUUCCACCGAAUUGCCAUCAAUUAAAGUCUGCAAGUAAUUGUGAGAAAGAUCCAGCUCCAUAUCCAAGCUAUUCAGAAUGCAAAAAAUGCGAAUUGGAUGCGCUCCCACCUGUGGAAUGUAAAUGUUUGGAUAAACCUGCAAUGUGUGAAGUGUGGGCAGAAUUUAGAAGACGUCUUAGUUUCGUUAAAGCAAAAGAAAGCAAGGAAUAG